CAGAGCAGCGUCUCCUUCGCCUCGGAGAAGGGAGGGGGGAAAGUGGGAAAGACGGGACGCGAGAGAGAGGGAGAAGAAGGGGGCCUCCCUCUUCCUCCUGUUGCUGCUGUUCGUGGACUUCUCGCUCCGCAACCCUCCACCCCUCGCGAGCCAGGAUUAGCAACAGCCCGGAGGGCCCCCACAGUUCAGUUUACAGCUCGCGCUUGACUGGGGCUGGGUGUGCCUCAGAGAGGAGAAGGAAUCCCUGUGCCUUCCCCUCACUCCCCAACCUGCCGCCUCUACUGCUAGAGACGCAGCGAGGCUAUUCUCUCUCUCUCUCUCUCUCUCUCUCUCUCUCCCGAAAAUGGAUUUAUGCUUGAGGUUAAUCAUUCUGUCCUGGCUUUACCUGGAGGCUUCAGGGGACUUUGACGGAAGGUGGCCCAGGCAAAUACUUUCCACGACAGGAUUGUGCAGUUUUGGAAGCAGAGUUGAUUGCUGCUGGGGCUGGGUUCGCCACCCAUGGGGCCAAUGCCAACCUUUCUACAUCUUAAAGCAGAGAAUAGCCAGGAUAAGGUGCCAACCCAAAGCAAAAUGUCUUUUCCAGUCUGCUGGACUUGAGUGCAUGCAUUAUCCCAGCCUCAGGAGGGGCUCUACAAAUCAUGGACCAACACUGGAUCAUUCAGCUCUAUCUGUAUGUCAGCCUGGAUGUAAACAUGGUGAAUGUAUUGGACCAAACAAGUGCAAGUGUCAUCCAGGAUACACUGGGAAAACAUGCAGUCAAGGAGGAACUGGUUGCUCCAGGACUCAAUUCACUUUCUGCAUAGGUGGAUACAGAGCUGAACACCUGCAUGCCACCUCACAUGACUGGCCCAGUGAACCACCUUUUUUCAGCCCUCCGGAUCAUCAUGCAACACGUUUUCCAUGGAGGGAUCUCAAUGAGUGUGGAUUAAAACCAAGGCCAUGCAAACACCGGUGCAUGAAUACCUAUGGCAGCUUCAAGUGUUAUUGUCUGAAUGGAUACAUGCUUAUGCCAGAUGGAUCAUGUUCUAAUGCCCUCUCAUGUUCCAUGGCAAACUGUCAGUAUGGCUGUGAUGUAGUGAAAGGGGAAGUGCACUGCCGUUGUCCUUCCCCAGGCUUACAACUAGCAUCCGAUGGUAGAACUUGUAUAGAUGUUGAUGAAUGUGCCACUGGAAGAGUUACCUGUCCUCGAUUCAGGAAAUGCGUCAACACUUUCGGAAGCUAUAUUUGCAAGUGUCACAAAGGAUUUGAUUUGAUGUACAUUGGAGGAAAAUACCAGUGUCAUGACAUAGAUGAAUGCUCACUCGGCCAAUAUCAAUGUGGAGGUUUUUCACAGUGUUACAAUACUCAGGGAUCUUACAAAUGUAAAUGUAAGGAAGGAUACCGAGGGGAUGGAAUGAACUGCAUAACUAUUCCCAAAGUUAUGAUUGAUCCAUCUGGCCCAUACAGGGUAUUUAAGGGAAAUACAACCUUUCCUAAAGGCAGCAGCGGCAUGACGAAUAGGAUACCUGAAACAGGUGAUAGGAGGCAGCCCAUCAAACCACCCCACAUACCAGCAAAGCCUACUUCUAGGACAACAAUAAGACCCAGUCCAAGGCCAACCACAAGGCCAACACACAAACCAUUUACCAAAUUUGUAACAAAGCCUGCAACAACAAGGCCAGCUUUGAAGCCAGUGACGAGACUUCCGCCGGUAACAAGGCCUCCAACACCACCUCCAACUGCACCUAAGCCUAUAACGACAGGAACACCACAACUUACAACUAAAGAGUCACUGCACAUUCCUAGUGAAACUACAACUCAACAGGGAUUUACAGUUGACAACAGGAUACCAAUCGAUCCUCAGAAACCACGAGGAGAUGUGUUUAUUCCACGCCAGCCAGGAGUGAGCAAUAAUCUCUUUGAAACAUUUGAAAUUGAAAGAGGGAUUAGCGCUGGUGAAGAUGAAGCAAAUGAUGAUCCAGGUGUUCUGGUUCACAGCUGUAACUUUGAUGGUGGCCUAUGUGGAUGGCUCAAGGAGAAAGAUGACUAUUUACACUGGGAACCUAUGAAAGACUCCUCAGGAGGGCAAUAUUUAUCUGUCUCUGAACCGAAAGGAAAAGCAGGACGAGUUGCACGUUUGGUCCUCCCACUUGGCCAUUUAGGUCACUCAGGGGACCUGUGUUUGUCCUUCAGGCAUAAAGUGUCUGGAUUUCACUCUGGGUUGCUUCAGGUCUUUGUAAGAAAGAUGGGUGCUCAUGGACCAGCAAUUUGGGGAAGGAAUGGCGGUCAUGGCUGGAGACAAACACAAAUAAGCUUGCAAGGAUCUGGCAUCAAGAGUGUUAUUUUCAAAGGUGAGAAAGGAAAAGGAAGAACUGGGGAGAUUGGAUUGGAUGACGUGAGUUUGAGGAAAGGCCUGUGCUCUCAAGACCAUUAGUGGUAACACACAGACUGGCAAGGGGAACAUACUUAUAUUGCCCAUGCCUUUCCGCCAAGAGAGAUGGUGGCUUGACAACUACUUCUACCAUGUCUUUAUGAAAUCCCAAUGAAUCUCCAUCUAAAAAAAAAUAUCAAGUUUUCUAUAAGGGCAAAGUAAGUUCAGACCAACAUUGGGGAUUUCCACUAACAAUUAUCCAGCUCACGUACAUGGGAUAAAGGCCUCCUGAGUUCUGAAUUAAGGAUAUAAAUAUCCUUCAUGAAGAAGAACAAACUGUUGCCAGGCAUCAUCAAAAAGAGACUUUGGUACAUACAGCAAUUGCAUUAAUAGUCUUCUGAGUGUUUUUUUCCAUUUUGCUGUUUACACUGUGUACUGUGGAACUGGUUCAGCUUCAUAAACUGAAAGUAACUCAGAUGUAGACCUGAGCUGCUAUUCUACUGCCAUCAACUUUUAAAGAAGAGUGUGAGAUAUAUAUAUAUAAAAUAGCAUUUAUUCUUUUGCUGUAUCUUAUUAACAAGAGACAAGAGACAGUUGUUAUAGAGUAGGCACUGCAUCCCUUAAUAUUGGUAGUGCUGUGUUCUGUAUAAAUGUGUAUGGAUAUUAAUGUAUUUAUAUGUUUGCAUAUUUGCAGAAUCUAAUUGCAAGAUAAAAUGGCAGCUGUGUACAUCUAGGUUAGACUAGCACACAGAAAACUACACUGAUAAUCAGUCAGGAAGUAUUUUCUUCAUAGUGUGCCACUUGCCAUUAGCUCCACACUAUUAUUUUGCAUAGCAAACUAGCCAUAUGGUUGCAAUGAACUUCACAGGCUGGAUGCUAGAUUCAGUUGAAUUGUAUGGAGUUACUCAAAUCAAUGGUCUUCUGUAGGAAGGAAAGGUGUCCAUAAUUGGUAGCAAUGGCAAAACCUAGCAUUGAAAGGUGCACUUGUGAAUUUGAUAGUCAUGUGGCUGGGGAUCAUUUGUCCAGGUUUUACUUUUCUUUCUCAGUAGCUAUUAAAGGCCAAAAGAGCUUUCUUUGGGUCAGGAAUUGGCCAUCCUGAACAAAUGAUUGCAGCAGGUAGAUUAGUUUCUAGCUAUUAAUUGGUCUGCCAUACAUUACCCUAGGGCAGUUUAUAGGAAAAAUCCGUAACUCAUAGUCGACUUGGAGGCACAUAACAACAACAAAAACAUUAUAAAAUAAUAAUAAAACACCACAGCACAGUAUAAGAAUCCAAUCAAAGAGAGAUUCAGAUGGCUUAAAAGAUUUAAAAAAACUGCAAAGGUGAAAAAACCUAGGGAAACAACAAUUAAACCAUGCAGCAGCAAGAUUAUGACAACAGCAUAGGUAAGUGAGCUUCCCUGGGGAGGCCAUUCCACAGGCAGAUCACCACCACCAAAAAGCCUCCCUCCUUGCUUCACUCACCUUGCUUCAGAUCACAGGGUACCUGGAGAAGAACUUCAGAUUAAUUACAGGAGCAGAUGAUCCAGUUUAUGUGAGCCUAGAUGCCGAAAACAAGUUUGGGAGUCCUUAUCCUGAAGGUUUGACUAAGGGCUUGCAUGUCCUUAGCACCCACACAUUUGUGCAUUUAAAGUGUGCUCAGGUAGCUCAGCCACUGGUAUGGCUAAAUACAAUGGUCAUCAGCAAACAGUGCCACUCUUAUGAAUUGAGCAGGCCCGGAUACUGAUACGAGCUUAAUUUCAACAUAUUCCAUAGUUGUUUUUUUGUCAUAGAAUCAUGCAGCUUCUCAGAUCUUAUUACCUUAUUAUAUAGGUAAUAAUUUCAUUAGAUUUGGAUGGAAAUAAUGUUUAUCAAGGUGGUGUUUUGUUUUUAUUGGUCAAAAUUGCACAUGAGAGUGUUUUAAAAAUCUCUACACACACUGAAUAGGCAAGCUGCUUUUUAAGUUUUGAAUGCAGCUUGCCUAUUCAGCCAAGCAACCUGUUGUAGUAGAAAUGUGCAAGACUGCUCCAGCUGCAAAAAGGAUGUCCCCCACCAAGUGCCCAUAACUUGGUAGAGUUUUGGAAUGAUCAAAUUUGCACUGUUGAAUUUAUCUGGUUAGAAUUCUCUUGGAAAAAGGGUUAGACCAAAUUUCAUGUUUUUGUUUUUAUUUUCAGUACGGUGAAAUAAUCUUGAAUUGUAAAAUGCAGAUUAAGGGCAAUGGGCACAAUCUGGCAAAAAUUAAUCAUGUUGAAUUUCCAUUGAAAGCAGUAGAAUGCAGCUAUUUUGUUGGUGUUUCCAUGCAACUGAUUGAUUUUUCUUAGUGCAACCCCAUUGAUUUUAAUGGGACUGACUCAGUCAUGAUUAACAUUUGUUGAAUUUAGCCCAAUAUUAGACCCAAUUGCUUUUGUUUCUAUUUAAGCCAGUAAUAUGCAAGGUGCUAUUUGUGUAAUGUAACUUUUGUUGAAAGUGAAAGAGUAUACUCCAGUCCAGUCUUUUAGUGGCAUGUAUCCUGACAUAUGCCACAAUCUAGGGUUUCUUUUGCUUAAUCCAAAGUCUUGCACAAUCUUGAACAUUGAGACUUUUUCUCUCAUUGUAUAGCAUCCUCCAGUUUUCAAUCUACUCCAUGUAUCAAAAGAAGUUUGCUUUGACAGAGCAAGGCAGAGGCUUCUGUACCAUUUGGCAGAGCCAGGCAGCAGAUGCUUGGGGGGGGGGGGAGAGUGUGCAGCAGAGAGAUGUUAGAGGACUGAGCUGUGUGUGUCACACAGCCUGCCCUGCACUUCCUAAACUGGCCAGUAUGGUGAAAGAAGAUGUCCAAUCAUCAGUGUUGAAGUAAGAUCCAAUUGCUAGUCUAGUUACCUUCUGUAUCUGGGAUGGGAGCACCGUCUUUGUUCUUUGUCUUGGGCCAACCCAAGAAGCAGGAGCUACAUUUUUUUUCCUGUGAGCAGGAAAAGAGGAUGAAAUGUAAAAGCCCCAUAUAGGUGUGGGAAGCUAAUCAAGCAUGUGUCUAGAUUCUGGCAGAAUGUUUCCAUGUUGUUCUUGGAUUUUAGUAAUAAUGCUGGCAGUAUUAAAAUAUGUAUUUGUCAUGGGCCUGACAUGACAUGUGACAGCAGGACAAGUGUUCACAAACGACUUUGCAAUGCUUAACAACUUUACUUGGUUCAAGUUAGAUUGUGUGUGUACACUUAUUUUUUGUUAUUAAUAUCAUAUUGGUGGGGUUUCAGUGUAUCCACCGACAAGGGCUUCCUGGUUCAGUUUGAUGGAGGAACUCUGCAUGUACAGAGCUGCCCUUAUCAGUUGAAGUGAAUGGGAGGCCUGCUCACAUAGGAGGCUUUUUUGUGUGCCAGAGCAUGCAGGGUAUUCAGAACUGAGGUGUUGGCCUUUAACCUUGACACAGCUCACCAUACAUAUUGUGCUCUGCUAUUUCCAAUGGGCAAAAGCUGCUGAUUGUUUCCCAUAAUGGGAACAAGUCUCUUACAAAGGCAAGGCUUGUUGCUUCCAGUGAACAUGAACUGGCAUCAUUCUGUCCACUUUAAGAGGAUUUCAGUAAGAAUGACUUUUGAAACUCCUGAACAUGGGAGAGUGGAUGAAUGAAUUACUUCUGUCAUGGUUCUAGUGCAAUAGCUAGAGAGAUAAGUCAUAUGUCUCUUCUAUGGUGAGAUGCAUGGGCACCAGAUGUAAUGAAAGCUCAUGCCCUCAAGACUGGAGAGGUGACUGAUGUCCCCUUAGACUUUUAAAACCAAUGUGAAGAGCAGAUGCAUAGGUUGCAUGCACCUUUUCAGUGGAACAUAGGAAGCUGUCUUAUACUGAGGCAGACAAUUGGUCUGGACCAUGUUGUCUACACCAAGUGGCAGUGGUUCUCCAUGUUCCUAGUGCAAGUGUUUUCCAUCCCUGCCUGGAGAUACCAUGGAUUGAACCUGGGACUUUCUGCAUACAAAGGAUUUGGUCUACCAUUGAGCUACAGCUCCUCCCCAUUGCAACAUCACAAGGCAACCUCUGUUGACUUGUCAAACGUUCUUCUAUCUGGAAAUAUAUUUUCACUGACAGCUUGAUUGAUCUAACUUUUCCCCAAUUAUUUGGCUUAGUUUCAUUAAAAACAAAAAACAAAAAUACUCAUUUUUUUGUGCAACCUUCUCUCAUUUUGGCUGAUUCUUCCUGUUUUCAUGCUGUAUUUUGGAUAUAUCUAGUUAUAUUCCACAGAGCCUUUUAUGGAGCUAUGGUUAUACACAAGCACAAAAAGAUUAUCUGUACUAUAGAAAUCAGUGUCAUAUCAAACAACACAAUAAUUUAAAUACAAUGGUCUUGGUGCAAGAAGACAUUGUGUGUUAGCAGUUGCACAAGAGUGGGUGAGGCUGUGUAUUAUCAUCGCACUGCAAUGAAGAUGGGAAUGUGUGUCCAAAGAAUAACAUGCAAUGUACUUAAAAAUACAGAUAUGGACUAGCUCAUCUGUAUUUGCUCAUGUAGCAAGGCUUCUUCUACACACACAGAUCUCUCUUGCUGAAUUUAGGCAUUAAAAUGUGUGUAAAUUAAUAUAUAUCUAUGUCUAUAGAUAUAGUGACUUCAUAGCUCUGCCAAAAUGAAAAGUUCUUCAAAAGGUAUAAAUGUUUGGUGCCAACAAACCUAUAUUAAGUUCAAGUAGAAUACAUUUUAUCAAAAGUACUGUAGGACAUCUUGCUGGCUAAUAAUUUAAUAUGGUUUUAAAGAAAUGCUUAACCCUUCUCCCAGACUGACUCAAAAUAAAAACAUCUUUGUAAAUUUACAA